CCCAGCCGCACCUGCAGGCCUGUGCCCCGCCCCCGGGGCUCGGCCCCUCCCCCUGGAGGCCGGCUCGGGUCUGUGCGGCUCCCACCAGGGUCCCCGGCGGGGGGCGGGGUGGGGUGAGGGGCAGGAAACGGAAGCUGUGGGCCGCGCGAGUGCAGUCUUCACUCGGCGCGGCUGGAGGCGGUGGUGGGUACCCCGCGCGGCGACAGCUGACGAUGGGCCCGGCCGUCGGGGGGCUCGGGCUGCUGCUGGCGCUGCCGGGAGCCCUGGGCUCGGACUCCAGUGCUCAGGAGAGGGCGGACCAGGCGCCCGUGAUCGCGGUGCUGCUGGUGCUGCUGCUGCUGCUGCUGGCGGGGCUGGCGCUGGCCUGGCGCCGCCUCAGCCGGGACUCGGGCGGCUACUACCACCCGGCCCGCCUGGGCGCCGCGCUCUGGGGCCGCGCCUGCCGCCUGCUCCAGGCCAGCCCCCCGGGCCGCUGGCUGCAGGCGCGGCUGGACCCCGAGCGCCAGGAGGAGGAGCCGGCGGGGGGCGAGUGCGGCUGGGAGCCCGCGGCCGACCUGGAGGAGCAGCGGGACGCGGAGGAACCCAGCCCGCAGCGGGUCCUGAUGCCGGCCGAGGACAGCGACCAGGAGCACGACGCGGACGCGGACAUGCAGGGGCCGGCGGGCGCGGGGGGCAGCUCGGAGGCCCUGCUGAGCGGCCUGCAGGCCUUCGCCGGCAGCGCGGCCUGGGACGACGGCGCGGGCGCGGCGGGCGCCCAGGGCCUGCACGUCACCGCGCUGUAGGGGCGGCCCCUGCCCGCCCUCCGGCCGUGCGCCCCCCCAGAGCCCCCACCCCAUCUUCAAGCGUGUGCCCCGCCCCUCCCGCGCAGACCCCCGCAGCCGUACACAGCCCCCGAAAUAAAAGCCGCCAGCC